AUGACACGAGAACAAUACAUACUAGCAACACAACACAAUAACCUGCCAAGGGCUGAGAAUGCACAACUUUACCCAGUGGGAAUUUAUGGAUGGCGAAAGAGGUGCUUGUACUUCUUUGUCCUUCUGCUGUUGGUUACCAUGAUAGUUAACUUAGCCAUGACCAUUUGGAUUUUGAAAGUGAUGAACUUCACUGUGGAUGGUAUGGGAAAUCUGAGAGUCACCAAGAAGGGAAUCCGACUUGAAGGUAUAUCUGAGUUUCUACUUCCAUUGUAUGUGAAAGAAAUUCAUUCCCGAAAGGAUAGUCCACUGGUCUUACAGUCUGACAGGAAUGUAACAGUGAAUGCAAGAAAUCACAUGGGGCAGUUAACUGGACAGCUGACAGUAGGCACUGAAGGAGCAGUGUUCGGGCACUCUGUUGAGACACCACACAUCAGAGCAGAACCUUCCCAAGACCUCAGGCUCGAAUCACCAACCAGGUCCUUGAUAAUGGAAGCUCCUCGGGGGGUCCAGGUGAGUGCUGCAGCUGGAGACUUCAAGGCCAUCUGCAGGAAGGAGCUGCAUUUGCAGUCCACGGAGGGGGAGAUAUUUUUGAACGCGGAUACGAUCCGGCUGGGAAAACUGCCGACCGGCUCCUUUUCCCCUUCUUCACCGAGUUCCUCCCACUCUCGGCAGACAGUGUAUGAACUGUGUGUCUGCCCCAACGGCAAACUGUACCUGUCUCCAGCCGGGGUCGGGUCCACGUGUCAGUCCAGUAGCAACAUCUGCUUGUGGAGCUGAAGGACUGAUCUCUCCUCACACCAGAAUAGCCUUUUGUUCCCGUCCGUCUGCUUCACAGUUCUGCUCCGUUUCCCUCGUGAUCAGUCCAGAGCUUCUCCAAAUGGUCCACAGAGCACCUCCUUCCGGGGUAAGCAGGGAGUCUGGCCACCUUCCCCCUCGAUUUUCUGUGCUGCUCGACCCGGCGAGUGUGAGUGACAGAACAGUGGAAGAACCAUCUUCAGCAGGAAAACUGGAUCAUAAUCUUUGCUCAGAAGGGAGAAUAACAUAGGUGCCUUUGCUACAUGAAGUGAAGCACACAGUUUUAGAUUUUUGCAGGACCUGGAUAUGGACUGCACAUAUAUACAUUUACAUAGAUGAAAUUCCCAGUAUCCAAUGGCAAGAUGACAUGGUUAACCCUGUAAGAAAACUAAUUCUACAGUCUGAAAGCACAAUUUUCCAUUCAUCUUUUUGGAUGUAAACUUUUAUCCCCGAAUUUUAAAAUUUUAAAGCAUUAUGUAAUGCUUGCUUUACUAAAAAUUCAAUUCAAUACAUGGUUUUUAACAAUACAAGACAGAAUCCCACCCUGAGUUUUAUUCGUUUCUUUAAAUUCAAUGUGUUGUUACUCUUUGUCUACUAAGUCUAGAAUUUUGUACAUUAGGUAAUUUUGAAAGCUCUCAGCAAUAGAAUCUUUACAGAAUUAACAAAAUGCCAUUAUACCAUCAUUUGUCAGAUCUGAAUGGCCUGAUGUAGUAUUUACUUGGCUAUUGCAUGUGACGUAUUUGCUUUUAACAAAACAUCUAAUUUAUUGCAAUAUAAGAUAGAAUUAAGAGGGACAUACUGAUGGUAUAGAAUCCAUCUUUUUUUUUUAAUUGACAUAAUAUCCACUAGGUUCUAAUAGUACAAUUUUUGUUUGCUUCAUUCACUUUAUACUUAACUCAGACUGCUAAAAUUCAAACAUCCUAAAUAAAAACUACUGUGAUGCCUAA